AGACCUUCCAGACAGUGUGUAACCACACAGGGGACCGGCACUGUGACAUGGGGCCCGUCCCCAGCUGUCUGGGGGUCUUCGUCCUGAGGGUCCGGGCGGAGGCCGGGACUGCGAAGUCCCGCUGGGUGAAGGUCCUCCACAAACCCUCGGAGGACAAGGUGUCCUCACAGCUGCCCAAACCGGACAACGUGACGGUGGUCUCCUUCAACAUGGGGGCCGUCCUCACCUGGGACAUCCCAGAAUACUCCCCCAGCAAUCUCACCUACACAGCCCAGAUGAGGGGCCUGGAUGAAUUCCAGACAGUGUGUAACCACACAGGGGACCGGCACUGUGACAUGGGGCCCGUCCCCAGCUGUCUGGGGGUCUUCGUCCUGAGGGUCCGGGCAGAGGCCGGGACCGCGAAGUCCUGCUGGGUGAAGGUCCUCCACAAACCCUCGGAGGACACCGUCAUCGGGGCCCCCACCCUGCAGGUGGAGUUCAAAGCCGAAGAGGUGGAGGUGGUGAUGGCGGACCCCGUGCUCAGGGUGCUCCGCCCGCUGACAGACUGCUACAGCAAGGUCUCCUACGUGCUGCAGUACUGGAGGAAGGACCGGCCUGACCACGUGCUGGAGAAGAAGGGUGUGGCAGACAAGAGGGUGCGACUGAGGCUGAACGACCCUGGGAACAGCUACUGCAUUCAGGCUCGUGUGGACCCCUAUGGGCGAGAGGGCCUCUUCAGCGAGCCAGUAUGUGAUCAAUCAGGUGAUAACAAGCUGCCGGGACGUUUGGUGGUCGGUUUGGCGCUGGCGUCAUUGGCCCUCCCUCUCUCACUGCUGGUUGGUUGGUUGACCUACAAAGCAAACAGAUUCCUGAAUCCUAAGACUGCUCUUCCUUCCCUGCUCCAGAAGCAUCUGUCCCAGGCCAACGCUACCACUAUCGACUCAACCAACCAGCGGGCCCCAGCUCUGACCCAGGAGCAGUCGGAGAAGAUCAGCUUGUUCUACGAGGAGCACAGCAUCUGUGAGGUGGUCCUCAAACAAGACCACGGUUGUGAUGACAACGGGAAUAAUGGAGAGGGUGAAGGGCUGAAGAGCUACUGCAACUUCCUGCAACUGAAUCACUGGUCCUAUAGAAACCUUUAAAGGCCUUUUUGACAUAAUAUACCACCAGGCGUGAGUGUGAUAAGCCGUUACAAUCCGUUUUGAAAAUCUGCCCCUUCUGACAUCACAAGUGGGCUUGUCCACCUAGAUGUAUGCUGGAUAGAUCAGUCUACCAGCCAACCCAGUGCACUGUAGUAAACGUUGCUUGUCUAUCUGCCAUACAUCUAGGUGGACACGCCCACUUGGGAUAUCAGAAGAGGCCGAUUUUCAAAACGGCUUGGAACGGCUAAUCCCACUGGUGGGAUAUUCCACACCUGGUGGUAUAAUAUGUCACCUAUGACAUUUAGGAGGAUGGGGAAGUUGUUUCUGUAAUUUUGGAAGCGAACUGGCUGUUCUUCUGCACAACAAAUUUAUAGAGGAAAACAACUUUUCAACUUAAAACUUGUGUUUUUUCCGAGCCAUUUCAUAAUUUGGGAUACAUUUUUAUUGCACAUACCAAUGCACUUUUGUUUUUAAUUAUUGUACA